AUGUCGACGAUGGACCCAAUCGAGCUGGCGCGGUGGACACGGUUCGCGAUGAAGGGUGGGAUAGGAAAGUGCACAGCUCUCACCGACUGUGUAGCCGAGUCUUCAGAGGACCUCAUGUUUCUCAAGGACGAUGAGAUUGUGGUGUUGUUGCAGGUGGCGGAUAAGGAGGGUGUUUAUCUCGGCUACUGCGAAGGCGUCAUCGGCCGCUUCUCAGGCUCGCACGUCCGCUUCCACGGCAAACUCAAAAAACCGGUCAUGGCCCGCCGCGCUUCGUCUUCUACCGCAUCCGUCUCCUCAUCGCGUGAAGGCUCUACCCCUAAUACCUUCGCUAAGUCGCCGACGCCGACGUUUACGCCCCCGAGUUCGAGAUUGGGUGGGUCGUUUGGUGUUGCGGGUGCGGGGAGUGCAAGGGAGGGAGGAUUAGGGAGAGAAGGGGUGGCGAGAGAUGGGUUGAGUAGGGAUGGAACGAGUAGUAGGACGUCGACGCCUGCCAGCCCGUUCCCCAACCUCUCCAACGUCGGUGCGAUGCGCAGCGACUCGCGGGCGUCGCUUGGGAGGCAUCAUCACCAUAUGUCGAUGUCUGCGACUAUCCAGGAUCACACCUCAUCAUCACCCUCGUCAUCAGCUACGCCAGCAUCGACAUCGGCUCCUCCAGUAUCGGCAGCAUCCCCGCCCUUGGUUGAUCAGCAGCAGAGUGGUCGUAUGGUUGGAGGAGAGGUUGAGGAAGAAGAAGCGCGACCACCCCAGUUCGCGUUCUCGAGUAACACCCACUCGCCGUCGCCUUCAGUCCGCAACCUCGAACAACAGUUUCAUCUGGUGGAGGAGGGGUGGAGGAGGGGCUCUAUACGCGAUUCGUCUGUUGUUAGCAGUGCACGGGUUUCGGUCGACGUCGACGCUGAUGCGGAAGAAGGGAAAGCGAGGCCAGCCCCGCUGGAACUACUCGAAGCACAUGUCGACCCACUGCGUAUAACGAAGAAGAGUCCGGUUGUUAGUCCUGCUGUGCCUGCUUUUAUUGAGGAGAGGGAGGGGAGGAUGCCGAUUGAUGAAGGCACGGCGCUUGAGGAGAGGUCGAGGUCGUCGCUCGUUGAUUCGCCUAAUACGACUGUGGAGGGUUCUUCGUCCUCUUCGACUACCACUACUGCUACAACCACGACUGCGACUCCAUCAUCCUCCAACACCGCUCCCACCCCCUCCUCGAAGAACGCACCACUCACGCUCUCCUUGACAAACGACGACUCCCCCUCCGAAUACGGCGACGACGACGACGAUGAUGACCAUCCACUUAAACCUCCCAACACAUCGCUCAUGCCGGACACAUCCUACUCUACGACCUCGUUCUCCAACCGGUUUAGUGUGGCGAGUGCGGAGGGUGUCGUGGGUAUUGGGUUGUCGCUUUUGCAGGAUUUGGCGGAUGGGAUGAGCGAUAGCGAUAGUGAUGAAGACGAGGGUGAAGGGAGGGGAGGGGAGGAUGGAUUGGGUAGUGCGGGGACUGCGACGUACGCCAACGUAGGGAGAGGAGGGGGAGGGGUGGAUGGAGUGGGAUCUGGACCUGGGAGUGCGGGUCUCACGCGUAACGCUUCUGUGCGGAGCGUGGAUACGGUCGACGGUCUACGCUAUGGAGAUGAUUCGGAGGACGAAGACGAUGAUGAUGAUGAUGAGGACGGACCGAGCACCUCGACGUUCUUCCCUAUGCCACCGAAUACGCAUCAGGAUGUGCAGCUUCCGCCUGGGACGCUUUCUAGGACGCAUUCGUUAGCGCAGAGUGCGAGGUCGUUUGGACAUGGGCAUAACCAGAGUUUGGGAGGAGGGCAUGGGCAUAAGCAGAGUCUAGGAGGACUAGGAGGUGUAGGAGGAGGAGGCGUAGGAGUGAAUAGGAGUCCGCCGCAGGUUCACACCUCCCCUCCUAUACCAUCGAGUUCACCACCGUCGACUGUUCUUCAAAAGUUCCCGACGACGGACGGGUCGUCGUUAUCGCCUACCUCGCCUACGUACCCGCAUCACGCACAUUCACACCACCAGCACCAACACCAGCCUCCGAACCCCCCAUACCUCCACUACUCUCACCAACGCGAACGCCGGCCCUCCGAGGCGCCUUCCGUGCGCUCCAUCCGCUCGAUUGCGCAUAGUGUGCGGAGUAGUGGGACUGCGGCGACGAGUAGUAGUUGGGAGGGUGCGGGGGAUAUCUAUGAUGAUUAUCGGUAUUCGAGGUUUAGUAUGGGGAGUGUUAGUGGGUUUGGAGGGAGUCCGAGUGGGUUUGGUGGAAGUCCUAGUGGAUUUAGUGGUGGCGGUUCGAUAGGAGGAGGAGGAGGACCGGGGAGUCCAGUCCCCGGUGCGACUUUUGCAGGGGCGAUGGGAGCAGGGAUCGGUGGUAGUUUGGGACGUGCGGCGGGCAAGAGGAUGAGUUCUAUGAGUGCUGUUACGGCUGCGAGUGAGCAGGAUGUUGUUCCGCCUGUUCCUGUUAGGAGGGGGUCGGAGGGACCUGGAGUUUUGGGUGUUUCUGGUGGUGGUGGAGGGGUUGGUUCGAACGCUGGUGCGGGUGGUUCGAGCGCUGGUGCGGGUGGUUCGAACGUUGGUGUCGGGGAGAGAGGGAGGGUUUUGAGUUUAGACUCCAAAGCGCCUUCGGUAUCGACGACUCCUUUGGGAGAAGGGGAAGAUGAGGAAAGUAAACGAAGCACCCUCCGCCGCGACUCGGACGCUAGCGUGUACACCCAAGCUUCCUCCUCGCGGAUGUCGCUUGCCCUCUCUGCGUUUAGGACGAACGCCAACCAGCACAAUCCACAUGCGGACUCGUUCGAUGGCCGGUCGACUGCGAUGUCGGGAUUCACGGCAGCGUCAGGCUUCACUUCUACCUCGGGGUUUACUGCGACUUCGACGUCAGGCUACACGACGACGUCGAAUACAAAUGGAUCAAGACCGCCUCCUCUCGAUCUUCAACGACAGCGACAUACAUCGACUUCGACCUCGAGUUCGAACGCGACUUCGGAUCCGGAGAACCAGAGGUCGCCGUUGCUGCAUGCGACGUGGGGGAGUCCGCUUUCGUCGCCUGGGAUGGGUGAGCAUGGGAGUCCUGGAUCUGGUAUCGCAAUGGGUGUGGCGAUUGGAAGUCCGGGAGCGGUGGGGUAUGGGAGUCCGGGGGCGGGAGGGUAUGGGAUGGUCAGUGUUGGGAAUGUUGCUAUUCAUGAUGGUUUAGGGUCGCCCACUUCUCAUAUUGGACCUGGUGCGAUGAGUGGAGGCGGUAUGCUAGGUGUGGUCAACCCAGGGAUGGGGGGUGGCACGUUUGGACGUGCUGGUGGUGGUGGUAUUGCGAGUGCGUUGAGGCAGAGGGUUGAGGAUGAGCGCAAGGUUGGGACUGGUGAGAGUAGUUUGAUGAGUUUGUUUGAUGGGCAGAAUCAAGGAAACGCGGGUGUGAAGGGAGGGUAUCAGUAUAGUGCGGAGGAGAAGGGUGAGGGGAGUAUGGAUCUCUCUAGGGACGAGGAUUCUUCACGGGGCGAUACCACGCUCGACUCGACCGACAACUCUAAAGACGGUGACAUGUCCAAUACCACUGACUUCUCUCAAUCCACCGACCUGUCUCGAUCCUCAGACGGCGAUACCACCAAAGAUACAACGAACAACGAUAUUUCGCUCACUGAGAGCGAGAGACGCACGCUUGGGUUGGGGAGGCGGAUUGUUGUUGAGGAUGACGAGGAGUUGCCGAGUGUUGUUGAGGAUAGUUAUACGAGUGUUGGGAGUGGGGAGAGUGGGGAGACGGAGGUUGGUGGUGGUGGGGAUGAGAAGCAGGCUUCAAAUACGGCGGUGAAGGACUCGAGUCAACGACAGUCGCGUCAACAAAUUCUUCUCGACCGCGCGCGUUCGCAGAGGGAGAUGGACCGUGAUGGGGAGCAGGAUAUGUCUCUUGUUUCUACCACCGAAUUUUCGCAGUCUAGCAGCAAGGACAGCGAGGACGGGUUGGCGUAUGGUACGGAUGAAGAUGAGGAGGAUGAUAAUGUGACGAUCCUACCACAUACCCCGCUAUCGGCUGCUGCACCCCCUCUACCGCCUUCGUUGACGAUCUCGAGUUCGUCGAGGCCUUCUACGCCUGCUGAGCAAGGCCCCUCCGCUGCUUCCGCUUCGACUACGACGACGGCGACUGGAUCGACUACCACCACGGCAUCGUCGACACUCGCUCCUCCAGGCCAGCCAAGCCACCUCCGUCCUUCGCUGAGGGAGUUGAGGGAGGGCGCGACAGUUCGUGUUCCUGGUACGGGCGAGAGGCGGAGUUUGUUCAUGCCUCAUCCUGGGGCGCCCAAGGCUCCUAAAGAUCUGGGUGUGGAGGAGAGUGAGGGUCCGAUGUUUUUGAGAGGGGAGGUGUCGCCUGUUUCGCCGGGUGGGUUCCAGCAACAACCUCAUGGACCAGCCCAAGGUCAGGUCCCGCCACCAGGUCAAGCGCCAGGUCAAGCACCAGGUCCAGGACAACAGCCCCCACCACCUGGAGGCUAUCCUUAUCCAUACCAGCAGCAGGCUCCGCCUCCUAUGAUGCGUCCCUCUGCUCGCCAGAUUAUCCUCCAAGCGUUGUCGCGUCCUCCGCCUCCCCCUCCUGCUCCCAUCCCUCGACCCCCCGGCCCAGGCAUGCGUGUGCCCCCUCCACCUAUCCGACGAGGGCCGACGAUUUAUGGACGGAUUGAAGGUGAUUUUGCGACGAGUAUGGGGCCUAUACCGAUUACGUGGAGUGUGGACCCGCCGCCGACCAAGGCGAGGGUUGUGCCGCCUAGUGCGAGUAUUCAGCCUGGUGGGGUGCAGCAGCCUGGUGGUGGUGGUGGUGGUGUCGCGCAUGGUCCUGGUGGAGGUCCGCAUGCUCUUGGUGGUCCGCAUGUUGCUGGAGGUCCGCAUGCGCCUGGAGGAGGUCCGCACGCGGGUCUUCGAACUCCCCCGACGAAUACGACGGGUCUGCCACCUACCGCGCCGAUCCAGUCGUCGCCUUUGAGAGCGGGGAGUGUGCCUCCUGGUGAACGCGGGAUGCAGAGGAUGGGGAGUUUUGAAGGUGUGCCUGUUAGGACGGGUAGUGUUCCGCCUGGUGCUGCUGGAGGAUUCGGUUCUGCUUCGACUGUUGGAGGAGGUGGUGUUGGGAAGAGGCCGAGUGUUAUGAGUCUGCGAGAAGGUCUACUUGGUAGCACUGCCAUCAAUUCUAGCUUGAGCUCGACGGCUGAGGAGAAGAGCGACUCGACGACGACGACGUUGACGAAGGAAGGAAAUGUCAGUGGUGGAAGUGGAAGUAGCAACAAACCAAUUCCGCGAGCCAAUUUUUUUCCAAAGGUUGGUGGGAUCGGGGUUAGACCCCGGUCGAGGAGUUUUUCGGGGUUAGGCGCUGGGGAUGUUAAGGGGAGGCCCGAUCCUCUCGCCGCACCCUCCGAAAUCAAGAAAUCAGCUUCUCUCACGGGCUCAUCUGCCGUGGCCACCAACACCCAAUCGUCUACGGGUGUGAAAUCGACGCCUCACCGGCCUUCGCCGCUCUCCCUUCCUCAAAAUACGAUCACGAACAGUAAGACGCCUUCGCCUUCUACUCCUAAUCAGCAUCCGAUGCUUCGACCAAGAAUCUCGACUCCUAACCUCAAGUCUCCAAGCAGUCCGUUGGCGAGGGAUAUGACGUUUGGACAGCAGCAAUCGCAGAUGCCGCCGCCUUCGCCUCUUGCGCAGAGUCAUCGACCUCUGGAGCAGGUACAGCAGAGGUCGCAGACUCCGACGUCUCAACAGCGUGCGCAGACGCCUACGUCGCCUAGGAGGACUUCGGAAGCUCAGCGCUCGUCGUCUGCGAGUGUUCAGCCCAGUCGUUCGUCGUCAGGGCAUGCCCAACCACAUCGUUCAUCGUCAGCCAACGCCCAGCCACCUACUUCGCCGCGCAAGUUGGGGUUUGGUUUAGGUAGAGCCGGGUCGCCCGAGAGCACGCAUACCUCGGGGCUGCCGAAUAUCGCUUCGGUGUCUACGGCUGGCUCUACCGCUGCCAAUACCUCUGGCAAUGCGAAUACGAACGAGAAUGGAAUCGCGAAAUCGACUUCACCUCCACCUACAAACGGUCCUGUCCCAGGUGUUGGGCUGCAUUUGAGGAGGCUGACGGGGUCGAGGAGUGCGAUGAAUUUGAGGGGUUCUCUGGGGGAUGACAGGAGUCCGUCGUGGGAGGAGCUUAAUGGGUUUAGGCCGCCUUCCAUUGGGGGUGCUGCUUCUGCGUCGAAUUCUUCACCUGUGACGGCGAGUAACCCCAGUGCGACUCGACCCAUCCCUAUCCCAAGAAGGGGGGGUACGCUCUCGCCUCCACCUCAACCGAUGAACGCGAGUGGAGGUUCAGGGAGCAGUGCGGCGCCGUCUUCGUCUCCUUCACUUCACAUCGAUACGAAGAACCUCGGCGACGAACCUUCCCCGCGAGGUGGCGCAUUUGGUGGAUUUGGCAAUGCUGGAGGACAGUUUUUGGAUAGCAGAAGCCAGCUCGUUACCAGCCCGACUGCGCUCUCGCCUACUAUCGGUCGUCAGAACUCGCUGAGGUCGAAGCUCUCGUUGCCUAACCUACGCAGGAUCAAGAAUAAGCAGGAUGAUGCUCUGAGUAUCGAUGGGCCGUCUCCUGAAGUACUUUUACAGGUUCAGGACAUGGAGUUUGAGCUCGUUCGACCUGCGCUCACCCAGUUCACCGCCGCUCGCGCGUCCGAAGAUUCGGUCGUGCUUGGACGCGAUAUGGGGCCUGCACUUGAUUCUGCUGGAUCGACUGUUACAGGUGGAUCGGGUGCAUCGUUCCUACGUGCCGAAUCACCAGCAUUCUCGAUCUCCUCGGGUGGUCGCUCACCCACCGUCGACAUUGCCAAUUCGUGGGGAGGUCUCAAGUCCCCUGGAGCAGGCGGAAGCUCGCUCUCGAUGCUCUCUGGAUCGGCCAGUCCGCAACCCUACGGAUCGCCCGCGGCACCUCCACCCGACACCUCGACGAUCGAAGCGCACCGCAACCGCGAGCAGAAGUGGAUGUCUCUCCUCUCGUCUUCGCCUCCCUCUCAAGCGCGUAAGACCAAGAAAGUGCGCAAGCUCCUCCUCGAGGGUGUUCCCUCGUCUGUGCGGUACCUCGUUUGGUCGCACCUGACGGAUGGCAAGGCCAAGUGCGUUGCGGGGGUGUAUCCGCAGUUAUGUAAGCGUGGUAAAGUACCCCUGAGUGAGAGGAUUGAGCGGGAGGUUGAGAGUGGGGAGUGGUUCUUGGAUGAGGAACGUGCGCAGUUGAGGUUGUUGAAGGAGGCUGGAGGUGGGGUUGUUCAGCUUUUGCAGGCGUAUUUGAAUAUGGUGCCUGAUAUUGAGUAUUCGAGUGGUCUGCCUCAUAUCGUUGGACAACUCUUACUCCUCGCUCCCGAAGAAGACGCCUUCUGGAUCUUCGUCUCGAUCAUGGACACCCACAUCCGAUCCUACUUCUCUACCACGUCAUCACAAAUGGAAGUGGACGCUGCUCUGUUCAGUCGCGCGCUCGAGGUGAACGACCCGCCUAUUGCCAAGAAACUGUUCGUCGAUAUGGGGAUCUUGCCUGUUACGAUCUGUAAACCGUGGUUCGAGAGCCUGUUUGUGGGUUGUUUGCCGGAUGAGUUUUUAGCGAGGAGUUGGGAUGUGUUUUUGUAUGACGGUAUUCCAUUCCUCCUCCGCGUAGGCCUCGCCAUCGUCGCUUUCGUCCGUCGCCAGCUCCUCGACUGCACCUCUGAAGAAGCUGUCCUCCAACUAUUGCACCGCCCUCCACCCAUCUCCCUCCCGUCGAACGCCGAGAACUACUUGAACUUUGUGUUGGGUACGGUCAAGUUGAAGGACGACGACGUGAAGAAACAGAGAGUCAAGAUGGAAGCGCAGGUGAAGAAGCAGAUUCAGCAACAGCAAGGCCCGAGGAGUGCGGGGAGCAUCUCGUUGCCGCGAUGA